GAAAGGCUGCGGAGGGGGCGGGUCUCGCGUCAGGCGCCACGUCCGCAGCCGGAGGCCGCCGCCGCCGCCGCCUCGGACCGAGUCUUCCGAGUCCUGAGCCGGAGGAGAGCGAGCGGAGGAGAGCAAGCAUCUGGAUCGCGCAGCCGACCCCGAUCGCGUCGCCGCCUCUGCAGUCCCCGGGGCCGCCGCUCCUCCCCUCCACCCGGCCGCUGCCCUCCCCGACCCCGACCCCGCGGUGAUCAUGAAUCAGGCAGAUAAAAAUCAAGAAAUUCCAUCUUACCUUAGUGAUGAGCCACCCGAAGGGUCAAUGAAGGAUCACCCACAGCAGCAGCCGGGCAUGUUGUCUCGUGUGACUGGAGGGAUCUUCAGUGUUACAAAGGGAGCUGUUGGCGCCACCAUUGGUGGUGUGGCUUGGAUUGGUGGAAAGAGUCUGGAGGUGACCAAAACAGCUGUUACAACUGUGCCUUCCAUGGGAAUAGGGUUGGUGAAAGGCGGCGUGUCCGCUGUGGCUGGAGGUGUGACGGCUGUGGGGUCGGCUGUUGUAAACAAAGUGCCCUUAUCAGGAAAGAAGAAAGACAAGUCUGACUAAGGGACAGGAGUGCGCUUGUGCGCUGGCACAUGUGCGCCACAGAAUAGGAUGCCAGUGGCGUUGAACUGAUCAACACAGACUACAGCCAAGCCCACUACUAAACUGCUGUGCUCAAAGUAUUGACGGCUGGCUUCUCUAAAACAAGACAAGACCAAUACUCUCUCAGUGUGUGGAGGCUUUUCACACUUACGUCCAGCUUUUUAUCUGGUAAAAUGUUACACUUGCUCGGUUGUAACUGAAGAUACGGUAUGUUUAAAUAUUUGCUCUGAGUCUUUCAGUUUGACUAAACAUGUGAAAGGUCACCCUAGUAGAUGACUACAGCUCCACGUGUGCAGUGUGCCAGGUCACUCGUGUGCCCCUUACAAGGCACUCUUGAACCACAUAAACUGUACCUUUGAUGUGCCUAAUAGUUUCAGAUGUCUUAGUUUUUUAUAACAAUAGUGGUUUAGACCAAGAGGCGUUCUUAUUUAAGCUGGCAGAAAAGUCGCAGGAAUUCAGAAGUUUAGAAGAUAAAUGGUUUUAUGAUACUGUUAAUUGUUUUUUGUUAGAUAAACCUUUUAUUUGUUUAAUCAUUGAUGCCUUACAAAAGAAAACAUCUUUUCUAAUACCAUAAAUAUGCGCAGUUCUUAUAAUUAUCAGUGAAUUCCUUUAAAGGUUGUAAAACUAGUUUUCCCUCUUAAGAAUCUCAGGAGUAUUGGGUGAAGGCGUCCCCUGUGCUGGUGAGAAGGACAGUGCAUGUUUGCUGUCAGGAGUUAACAUCAGACAUAGGCUUCAGCUGGGCUCGUAGUCCUAUCGUUAAUACACCCCACAGUGCCUAGGGAAUAUUUCUUAGCUGAUGAGAAGCUGUGUGGGAAGAGUUUUAUAUUAAGAAGGAACAAGUAUUAGUUUUUAAGUUCUUAUAAUUAUCUGAAGCAUCUAAGAUAAUCCUCCAUGCAUCUCUGUCUUCAGGAUGUCUUAAAUUAGCAUAGCAGCUCCUUUAAAAAUACUCUCCAAAUGAGUGAGAUGGGCUGCACACAUUGGCUCUCAGGCUUGUGUGUUCAUCUGUCUUCUGAGAUGGUGUCUCCUGCAGCCUAGGCUGGUCUGGAACUGGAUACACAGCGGAGGGAAACCUGGAGCUCCUCAUCCUUUUGCUUCACUUCCCAAGUGCUGGGUCUAUGUGAUGCUGGGGAUGGAGCCCAGGGCUGCACCAGCUGAGCUGCACGCGCAACAGAAUUCACUUGUGCUUUAACGCAUGUUCUUCUGCAGCCCUUUAAAGCGGAUGUAGACACUGUUUUCAAGCCCGUGUGUCAGGUAGGGAGUUGACUUUCUUUGGCACGGUGGUGAGUGUGUUCUGUCUGAAUGUUCAUCAUAGCUCAUUUAUUCUCUCAGAACCAAACUCAAAAGUCCAUUUGUUUUGUUUAGUGUUCAGUUUCAUGAAAACUUUAGUAAGUGAAAUAUGUAUUUGGCAUUUAUCUUAUAAGCUAAGCCUGGGGAAAACCCUUAAUUUUCUUUAUACCUAAAACUAGAAAUCUGUCUCCAUUUUGUCCUUUCUGAUUCCCUGGAGAGAAGAGGGGAGUGGUGCCUUGACAUAAAUAAGUCAAAGUAUAGUGGUCUGAGAACGUGAGAUCACCCUCACAUGCAGGCUUCAAUGUUUGUGACUCGUCGGCCAACAACUGGAUAAAAGUAGAAAAUUUAAAAGCAUUCAUAAAUAACAGCAGGAAUUUCAAGCAAAUCUAUAAAUGUUCUUGGACCUUUAUGCUUAAACAGAACUGAAAAUCAUCAAGGAAUUAAAUUCAGAAGGAUUAAAUGGCCAUUAUCUCAUGCAGUGUACUGUAAGAGGCAUUUGUUGGUACAUCUGGUGAAAUGUCUUAACAAAUGAUAGUUUUUUUUAAUUCCAAAAUUAAUAGACCCAUUCUCAGUGAUCUAAAUACUGGUGUUGGAGAACUCGAUUCCUGCCAUUUAGAAAUUACUGCUGGUUUGUAUUUCUAACUUCAAGACUGGUUUAUGUGAGCUUGCAUAUUUAUUUUCAACUUUGCUUGUCUUUAAAAUCACUUGAGGAAGAUGGCUGUGAUUAAUUUCUGCUACAGACAAGCCACCCGGUAGAUUUUCUCCAUACUCCUAAAUGCUAAGGUGCAGUGUUGCUCAGAGGGGCUUCGACAGCAGUAGUAGAACUGCGCAGAUGUGCAGUUAUAUCGUUCCGUUGAGAUGAGCUUGCAUUUGCAUUUGAUGGUGUGUACAGCUGCACACGUAGGUCUCUUCCGGUUUAUUUACAUAGACGAGCAGUGUGAUCUGUUAAACAGGACUCGCUCACUUCCGAAACUAUGGUAGUUGUAUACAUCUGGAAGCAUCUGGUAUUUAGCUCCUUUUUUUUUUUUUUUAGUCGGUUUUGGCACAGUGGAGAUAAAUUUGUGUGAUCCACUUGAAUAAAUGACCUAAUGUUGACAUAUGAAUACUGUAUUUAGUGACAUGUCAGAUGAAAGUAGCUGACUGAAUAAUGCGGGUUGUUCCUUUUUGUAUUAAAGGGAUGGGAAAGGACACAUGAAUCUGAUAAUAAAGGACUAUGAUCUGCAAAGA